UCAUACAAUCUUAAAAUACUGUGAUGUCUUUAAAAUGCGAAGCAGUUCAUGGGACAUGAAAACUCCUAUCAGCUAAAAUAUUUCAGGACGAUAUUGACUUCCUAACGGGAUUAAACAGCAGGCACUUGCAGUUGCAGGUAGGAUUCCAGCUUCUAAACCUUACUGACAUUACGAAAAGGGAAGUGUUUGUUCGUGUAAUUUGUUGGUCCUGUUGUGCAAAAUGUAGAAGCCGUACUGUGUUUAUUCAUCCUACCACAUGCAGAGCUCCAGCUUGCUAAAUAAGCAUUUCAGACAAUAGACAGUGCAGUUUUGAUCAGCUGGAACAAUUAGCGCCUUUGUUCUUUGGAUUUCUGCAUUUGUCCUUUUUAUGCCUUUUUCCACCCCUCCUGUCAGCAUGCAGCUCAGACUUCAGUGUCCACACUCAAUGGCCCUCUGUGUGCGGACACAGAAUAGGGACUAUAUACGGCCUCUCUCCUCCCUCUCCUUCUCCUGCUCUCCCUCUCUGCCCUCCUUCUAUUUUUUUUUUCAUGCUCACCGACUUGUUCAUGUCCCCUGACAGAGACACUUUGACGUCACAGGUGGCUACAUGAGCCUCCCUGCUGUGCUUUAUUCAGCAGGAUCAGUUUUGGAAUUGAAAGUGAAGGGAGGAGGCAGCACAGGUCGGAGGCAUCAGGUGUGCACGCAGAGUGACGGGGGAGAAAGAGGAGAGGAGGAACAGCAAAUAGAUGAAUGGGAGCUGCGGCGUGUGAUGAGACGAUCCCAGGAGUCAGAAUGAGCGUGCUAAGAUCAGACACACGAGGAGCCUCAAUAAGGAGACUGACUUCCACGAAUCAUCUGGAGAUGGAUGGACAACAUGGUGGAGUAGGACGACUUUGAAGAAUGCUCUGUCUUGUGCACUCGUUUCUCAUUGGGUAAAUGCAUGAAGACUUUGAACCUGCUGGACCAUGGCUGGCAAGCAAGGGAGACAAUGGAGGUCCAUGUGCAAAGGCCUCAUCCUGGGAACACUUCUAACCAGCUGCAUGAUCCUGCUUUACUGUCUCCCCAUCCAACAAGCCCACUUCAACCCACCUGAGAUCCCAGUGCCGUACUCCUGUGCCCAUCGUCCGUCCCAUCUUCACCCUAAAACAUCCACCAACAUGUCCCAAAAAAACUCCAGCCAGUCAUGCUCUCCUAAAGUGGACAUAAUGUUCAUGAAGACGCACAAAACGGCCAGCAGCACUUUCCUCAACAUCCUGUUCCGUUUUGGAGAGAAACACCAUCUUCAGUUUGCCUUUCCCAACAGCAGGAAUGACUUCUUUUAUCCGUCCCUUUUCCAGCGUUCCCAGGUCAAAGACUACAAACCUGGAAUGUGCUUCAACAUAAUCUGUAAUCACAUGCGGUUCAAUGCUCCAGAAGUGGCUAAACUACUUCCUUUAGACACAUCCUACAUCACCAUUCUGAGAGACCCGGCAGAACUGUUUGAGUCAUCGUUCCACUAUUUUGGCCGGGUAGUGCCUUUUACCUGGACCAUACCGGGUGACGACAAGCUGACAGAGUUCCUGCUUGACCCCCACAGCUACUUUGACCCAGAGGGCUUUAAUUCCUUCUACCUCAAGAACCUGCUGUUCUUUGACUUUGGAUUUGACAACACUCUGGAGCUGGAGAAUCCACAGGUAGACGAGGGAAUCGGAUUCAUCUCGGAGCGCUUCCAUCUGGUCAUGUUGGUGGAACACUUUGAGGAAUCGCUGAUCCUGCUCAAAGAUGCUCUAUGCUGGGAGAUGGAUGACUUGCUCUUCUUCAAGCUCAAUGCCCGCAAGGGAUCCACUGUGUCUAAACUUACCCCUGAGCUGAGGGCCAGGGCUCUUGAGUGGAAUGCCAUUGACUGGAAACUAUACCAGUACUUCAACCAGACAUUUUGGAAGAAGGUAGAUGCCUACGGACGGCUGCGUAUGGCCAAAGACGUGGCAGAACUCAGGAAAAGAAACAAAGAGAUGGCAUCGAUCUGCAUUGAGGGAGGCCAGGCAGUGGAAGCCGGCAGCAUCCAGGAGACGGACAUGCAGCCGUGGCAGCCAAUAGGAGAGAAGUCUAUCAUGGGCUAUAACCUAAAGAAGGAUGUGAACAAAACACAUCGGAAGUUGUGUCGUAAGAUGUUGAUGCCAGAGAUUCAGUACCUGACAGAACUGGGGGUGAACCUGUGGAUCACCAAGCUGUGGGGCCGCGUUCGAAACAUCCUCAACUGGUGACACAGCUUCUGAGCAUGAAGCCACAUCACCAAUUAAAAGAAAAAGAGAAGUAUAUCAGAGUACAGUUGGCAGAUGUCACAGUCUACACCGAACACACUCUGUAAGAACAGCAAAAACUUUGCAGCGUUUGAAACACUGAAAGGGAGUGGAUACGUUCACAACGAACUGAGUAGCCUCUGAUGAAAUCAUAAUUGUUGCCAUACCGACUAAAUCUUUAAAGGAACAUGGAAAGAAUGGUUUAUAAUAUUAACUCAUAAAUAUCAAACUGUCCUUCUUGAUGAAAAUGUUGAACUUGGAUGAAAGGAUUCUGAAUGAAGGGCAAAAAUAUGGCGUGCAAACAAUGAAUGUACAAGUAUUAAAUCUGACUCUGCUGCAUUUAAAAGGUAAAACUGGCCAAACAUUCAACAGAAAAAAAUCUAACAAAAACAUUCUUACAAAAAUAUCAGGAACAUUAUAAGAGAUGAAUAACAUCUUACUGUAGAAAUAGCCCUCUGCGAAGCUACAAAAUUUGAUUAAGUUGUAAUUAAUAUGUAUAAAUAUUGUGGUUAUCUUUGAGAGUAGCACUUGAAAGGCCUAAAAACAGGGUAAUUAUAUAAUUCAUAGUAUUAAAAACAGAUCAAAUGCCUGUUAUUCUGAUAUCUAUUGAAUAAUAUGAAGAAAAUUAUCAAAUGAACCAAAAAGGAAGUAAAGCUUUAUGCAAUCAAAACAAGAAUUUUUUAAAAUGUAUUUAAUGGUAUUUGUUACAAAUACGAUAUUUGUUAAGAAGCUACAUUUUGCUCCUCUAGGGUCUUUUCUCUUUCUAAUGUCUGAAGGUUAGGCCUAAGCAGCAUGUUCUUCUAUAUGUGGUGUUGGCAGGAUUUUUAGCUGAACGAUUAUAUCAGUGUGUUAUAAAUAGUGAGAAGUAAAUAUAAAAUUUCUCUUCUGUGCUUUGAUGGUGAAUAACAGUGUUAAACAUGAUCGGCAUCGCUGAUUGUAUGCAGCCUUGCUGUCGUGACCUGCAGUGGCAGAAGGAAAUCAAUAGGAAAAAGUUAUUAUAUUAUUUUUAUUACUCUGCAACAUCGCAUGUUUCUCCAUUUGCAUUCAUUUAAUGAUAAAUCAUCUGUUUCUAUGUCUGUUGUUUUUUUUCUUGUUUUCAGUACUUUUUAAGAGAUUUAUUUGUUCACUGAUUUAUCUGCUACCUAUUGGUUUCCAUACGAUCCCUCGUUGACACAAACAAUAUAUCAUUAUAAUUUUACUGUUAUUUAGUUAAAAGGUAACAUUUUCUAUGUUCAAACCAAAACAAAGUAACUUAAAGCUUAAAGUUUCUUCUGAUGUUAUUUUUCCUUCUUUACUAUAUUAUAUGAUGCAGAAUAACUCUAACAACGGGUGUAAAUACUAAUAACUGGUUUGUUGUUCGUAUCAAAUCUGACAACAAACCAGUUUGUCCUUGCAAUUAAAUAACAAGAAAAAUUACAAACUAGACAUUAAGCAUAAGAGUUACAGGUAAUCAAGAUAAAUACAUACACACACAAACACUUUUUUUCUUCCUCUCAGUCUGACAUUAAAUUAGAUUAAACUUUUUCUGUUUUUGGUAGCGGCAAUUAGUUGAUUAUAUCCUAUAUAUUUACAGAUUUCAUUGUUCCACAAUUGUGAAAGAGCGUUUUUAGAGAUGUGGAUGAGUUGAAGAAGAAGAUGACACUUUGUGGACCGCCUGCCGUCUGCACUCUGCUAUUCCUCCUCAUUCAGGCAUUUAACCUGAACCUGCGUCUCUGCAGAACAUCCUCAACAUUGUGCAACAGUAGAAUAAUUUGAGUAGUUUGUAUGCCUUUCAUUUUGACACCAAUAUUCUCCUGUUUAUCAUGGUUUGGGAGGUAAGUUAUUUUUAUUUGAUUUAUUAAUUUUGAAUUGGUAGGCCAAUAUUUUUAGAUAGUUUCCUUUUGUCUGUUGUUUUGGCAUGAGUCUGCCCAGAAGCUACACCCAGCCCCUUCUGAGCAUUUAUGUCUGAAAAGAAAAGUAACGUCCCGUGAACAAAUUAUUGUAAAAAUGGUAAAUUUGUUUUGUGGCUGCUUGAUGUCUAAUGAGGAUGAAUGAACGUAUAAAUACAUAAAUAUACUUCAUUAAUCCCAGAGGGAAAUUCACAUUUCAGUACAGCCUGUCCAAGACAGGUGAAACUGCAGACCAUCACCCAGAGGACAGGUGCUCCCUUCUUGUUGUCGCUUGGCCACACUUAGAUAUAAAAUGAAUAGAAGAUUUGCUUAGGGUGGAGCUGACAG